GGUCUAGUAUCACUACCUGGCGGAUCAAUGGCAAGCUGACCGAUAACAUCGUAGCCAGGGUCUUGGAUCAGCGGCAGGAGCGUUUCCUUCGAGCGGUUCGCGAAACCGGUGUGGAUCUCAUCAGCAACGCUAAAACCAAGGCGGCUCGGAAAUUCGGCUGCCGCGAAGGCUCUGAGAUCGAGGUCGGGCACCUUGCUGCCCUCUGGUGUAUCCGUGCCAGAUUUAUUCUGGACAGGCUAGGGAAAUACUUCAAGGACCAAUCUUAUCGAUGUAGUGACAAGGAGCGCCUACAGACGGAGUUCGAGGCAUACACUGCGGACAUCAUCCUCCGGGGUGAAAAGUGUUGGCCUCGUCUUCAGGGUGAAAACAAGAAGGCUUUUGCUAAAGUCCGGCAGCUGUGCGAUGUGGCUCUGGACUUGUGUCAAGCAGGAUAUAAGGACGAGACAUACGACGACAUGCCUGACUAUGAUGAGUUUUUUGAAGAGUAUGACUACUAACCAGUUUUGUGUCGUUUUUGAUUUUGUGGCCUUUGCAUAAUAAUGAUUAGAGAUCAAUGUCAUACCAUCCACCUAUCUAGGACAGAUGUGCACGAGAAUUUCAUGGAUUAUCAUAAAAAUGACCGCGGUCAAAAAUGCUAGAGCUUACACCUUAUAGGGAUUAGAGAAAUGGCGUAUAGUUGUUGAAUAGUUUGCAGAGCUUGAGGGGAUUGAGUUCUAUAAGUAAGCGGUCGCAUAGCGUGGGGCAGGAUAUUGCUCCUGUCUCUUGCCUUUCAAGGGAGCCGCCUAGUCGGCAUUUAUAUAAAAACUACCAGUAGUAUGUAGUAGGUUGUUAUAUGCUGUAGCUUGCUAAAUUUUAACUGAUUAGCC